AUGAAAUUUAACCCAUUUCUGAUGAGUGAUCUAGACAUGAGUUUACAUCGGCAAAUGGGCUCUGAUCGGGACCUCCAGUCUUCUGCUUCCUCUGUGAGCUUGCCAUCAGUUAAAAAGGCACCAAAGAAAAGAAGAAUUUCAUUGGGCUCUCUUUUUCGGAGAAAAAAAGACACAAAACGCAAGUCUAGGGAUUUAAAUGGAGGUGUUGAUGGAAUUGCAAGUAUUGAAAGUAUUCACUCAGAAAUGUGUACAGACAAGAACUCUAUUUUCUCCACAUGUACCUCUUCUGAUAACGGAACAACCUCUAGCAGCAAACCAAGUGGAGACUUCAUGGAAUGCCCCUUGUGCCUUUUGCGGCACUCCAAGGACAGGUUCCCGGAGAUAAUGACUUGUCACCAUAGAUCUUGUGUGGAUUGCUUGCGUCAGUAUCUCCGGAUAGAAAUCUCAGAGAGCAGAGUUAAUAUUAGCUGUCCAGAAUGCUCGGAACGAUUUAAUCCUCAUGAUAUUCGUUUGAUAUUGAAUGAUGACAUCUUGAUGGAAAAAUACGAAGAGUUUAUGCUCAGGCGAUGGCUGGUUGCAGAUCCUGACUGUAGGUGGUGCCCAGCUCCAGACUGUGGAUACGCUGUGAUUGCUUUUGGAUGUGCCAGCUGUCCCAAACUUACAUGUGGAAGAGAAGGCUGUGGAACUGAGUUUUGCUACCACUGUAAGCAGAUUUGGCAUCCAAACCAGACCUGCGAUGCUGCUCGCCAGGAGAGAGCGCAAAGUCUGCGCCUGAGAACAAUUCGUUCUUCAUCUAUUAGUUACAGCCAGGAAUCUGGAGCAGCAGCUGAUGACAUAAAGCCAUGCCCACGCUGUGCUGCUUAUAUAAUAAAAAUGAAUGAUGGAAGCUGCAAUCAUAUGACUUGUGCUGUCUGUGGCUGUGAAUUCUGUUGGCUGUGUAUGAAAGAGAUCUCAGAUUUACAUUAUUUAAGCCCAUCAGGUUGCACAUUUUGGGGAAAGAAACCAUGGAGCCGUAAGAAGAAAAUACUGUGGCAACUAGGGACACUUGUUGGAGCUCCUGUAGGAAUUGCCUUAAUAGCUGGCAUUGCUAUUCCUGCUAUGAUUAUUGGAAUUCCUGUGUAUGUGGGACGUAAGAUUCACAAUCGAUACGAAGGCAAAGACAUUUCAAAGCACAAGCGAAACUUGGCUAUAGCAGGUGGUGUAACCUUAUCUGUAAUUGUUUCUCCAGUUGUAGCUGCAGUAACUGUAGGUAUUGGUGUUCCUAUUAUGCUGGCUUACGUGUAUGGAGUUGUUCCAAUUUCCCUCUGCCGAAGUGGAGGUUGUGGUGUGUCGGCAGGCAAUGGAAAAGGUGUCAGGAUAGAAUUUGAUGAUGAAAAUGAUAUAAAUGUUGGUGGAACAAAUGCAGCUGUAGAUACCACUUCAGUAGCAGAGGCACGUCAUAACCCCAGCAUAGGCGAGGGAAGCGUUGGAGGACUGACUGGCAGCUUGAGUGCAAGUGGUAGCCACAUGGAUAGAAUAGGAGCCAUUCGAGACAACCUAAGUGAAACCGCUAGUACCAUGGCCCUGGCUGGGGCUAGUAUAACAGGGAGUCUCUCAGGAAGUGCAAUGGUUAACUGCUUUAACAGACUGGAAGUACAAGCAGAUGUGCAGAAAGAACGCUACAGUCUGAGUGGAGAAUCUGGCACAGUUAGCUUGGGAACAGUUAGUGACAAUGCCAGUACCAAAGCGAUGGCAGGAUCCAUUCUGAACUCCUACAUCCCUUUGGACAGGGAAGGCAACAGUAUGGAAGUGCAAGUGGAUAUUGAAUCCAAGCCAGCCAAAUUCAGACACAACAGCGGAAGCAGUAGUGUUGAUGAUGGCAGUGCUGCGGGUCGUAGUAAUGCCGGUUGUUCGUCAGCCUGCUUGCCAGAGAGUAAAUCUAGUGCCACCAAGUGGUCCAAAGAACCAACAGCAGGAAAAAAAUGUAAAGGUAAGCUGAGAAAGAAGAGUAGCAUGAAGAUAAAUGAGACAAGAGAGGACAUGGAUGCUCAGCUGUUGGAACAACAAAGCACAAACUCCAGUGAAUUUGACUCUCCCUCUCUUAGCGAUAGUAUUCCGUCUGUAGCAGACUCUCACUCGAGUCAUUUUUCUGAGUUUAGUUGCUCAGAUAUGGAAAGUAUGAAAACUUCCUGUAGCCAUGGUUCCAGCGACUAUCAUACUCGCUUUACCACAGUCAGUGUUCUCCCAGAGGUGGAAAACGAUCGCUUGGAAAACUCUCCCCAGCCAAGUGGAGUCCCCGCGCCUGUUCCAACAGCCCCAAGCACUGAUGUUCCACAGCUGAGUUACAUCGCUGAGGAAAGCAUUAAUAAUGGAUCUUCGAAAGAUGUAGAUUUAGGUGUUGGUGAAACACUGAAAGAAACAAACAACAACCAUUCACAACAUGCUGUGGAAUUAAGCACUGCUAUUCAGACUGAAAUUUAAGCCUAUAAGUGCUGCAAAAAUAUAUUUACCACUAAAGAACCCUGUGUGAAAGCUGGUUGAAUUAUGUGCGACUUCCGUUAAGUGUCAGGUGACCAGCAGAAGCAAGGUUUUGAUACAACUGCAUUUUAUAUAUACUUGUCUGAUAAGGCGCAGAGUACUUCAUAUGGAUCUUAGGCCUGUGUGAAGAGACAUGAAGGCUUUAACCAAGUGCAUUACAGCAGUACAAAUACGUCCAUAUUUUGUAUUUUUGCCACAACUUUGCUUGAAAGCAUAUACUUGGUGUAUUUAGACAAAAAUUGGUAAAUUCUUAAUAUGUUAAAUGCUGAAAUGAAUAAUAUGUCCUGCACUGUUCACUUGGAAAAUAUGGGGUUUGGGAUAAAUGGGUGUUAGCUGAGCGUUAGUGACUUAAAACCAUUCUCGUGUGAACUCUAUUUAAGGGAAGCAGAAGUUUUGCGGAGACCUAUACAAACAUGUUUCAACAGUGAAUAUUCGUAAUGAUUUUGUUUCAUAACUGGACGCACUGUAUUUAGAAUGCAUGUAGAAUGAACCGCGUAUCUCCAGAUGGGUGUAGCCUGUGUCAGAAGUGUUUGUAUGUGUGUACACUUUGAGCAAGGUUAUGGCAUUUUACAUAAUUUUGAAACAUAAGAAAUUGGUACUUAGUAUAUGGUAGAAUGGAGACGUCACCUGUGAAGAACAGUGGGGUUAUUUAUUCAUGCAACCAACCAUGCAGCAGGUAAGGCUACUAUAUAGUGUAUAAAGACUGUAAAAUAACAAUCCUGUGAUUUAUAAGCAUUGUAGAAAAGCAGAUGCAGUCACCUUUCAUCAGGGGGAAAACGGUGCCCCAUCAAUUCUUGGUGCCUUUGGAAAAGGCUGGGUUUGAAGUGCCUGGUCGUUUGAGGAUUUUACUGUAAUGUUUUCCAGAAUGUCCUCUUUGGCCACCUUGGAUCACAAAAGAAAAUUCUAGUGAAUAAAAUGACUGGUAGAUAAAUGCAUAAUAAUAAUAAUGAAGUAUUAGCCUACCAAAGACUCACUCAGGCUUUAGUGGACAUGACAUCUCUUUGCAAGACAUACAUAUCUUCAGUCCCAGAAUCAAAGUGCAGUGCAAUGACUGCCCAAGUGCAAAGAUGUGUUCCGAAUAUGCUGGCUUUAUUCUUUUCCUUUUGCAUAUGGAAGAUGUACAGCUGAACACAAGCUGAAGUUGGCCAAAGCGCCUGCACUGUUAACAUUUUUUUUUGCUAUGUAAUUCACUAAAAUGGAAAAAAAAUUGUGAAUAUCAGAAUAACAGUUAACAAUGUUCUGUCUUGUUUCAUGUAUUGCCAUUAUGGUGCUACUGGAAGUUUGGUUGGAUAAAAAGAAAAUGCCAUCAGCUGCAGUCCUCUUCCAUGACUUAGCCUCACCAGUUUCAGUAAUAUGCUUAUAACACUAGUGCCAGUUAUGUUAUUUGAUAAUGCUUGUUACAGUAUUUGUAUAUUUGCAAUUCAGUUUUGCUCAAUAAUAUGCGUGUAAACUGCAUAUCUGAAAUAAAUGUCGAAAUACUGA